CGCACUAAAAGCCACAGCCCGCAUUCAUCUGUGGACGUGAUUUGCUUUUGCUUUUGUAUGUUGCGGUUUUCAGUUUGUUGAUGAGUUCGGUACAAAGCGCUCGCUAGUUAAAGAAUGUGACUUGUAUAAAAAAAGGAAACGUGCUUCAGUGUUGUUUUCAGUGAUAAAAAUGACCUGAUGUAAUUGUCGUGCUUGAUGGUGUCUAGUAAGUGUUUUGUGUAAAAUGGGUUUGAUAACGUCGAGGGAUCAGACAAUGCUAGACGGGCCGGUCGGGACGACCAAGAGUCACCAUGUACGGCAGCCGUCCACCAGGAAUCGAACCAAGCCUCCGAUGCCGGAUAGAGAUGAAUUGGAGAGUCGAUUCAUCAAAGUUUUGGCCUCAAUGGAUCUCCCGCCCGAUAAAGCGAAGCUGCUGCGCAAUUACGACCUGGAAAAGAAAUGGGAGAUCAUAUGCGACCAGGAUAUGGUGCAGGCGAAGGACUCACCGGCUCAUUACCUCAACAAACUUCGAACCUACCUCGACCCUAAAGCCUCCAGGAGUCAUAGGAAAAGAAAAAUGGUGGGCGACUCCACAUCCACACAAGUUCUUAGGGAUUUAGAAAUAUCCUUACGAACCAAUCACAUAGAAUGGGUGAGGGAAUUCCUAAAUGAACAAAACCAAGGGCUCGACGUGCUGAUCGACUACCUGAGCUUCAGGCUGAGCAUGAUGCGGCACGAGCAGAGGAUAGCGCUUGCCAGGAGUCAGUCCACCGACGCUAUCAACCAGGCGAACACAACAACAUCAGACUGCAGUGCUCCGACCGAAAUCAGCGGGACCCUGAGCGCGACCUGGAGGCGACGUGCGCGGUCCGCUGAUUCGGACGGAGAAACAGUCGGCAGCCCCGCCGCGGCCAGGCGGCGGACGAGACACGCUGCGAGGCUGAACAUGGGGGCUUCCACGGACGAUAUACACGUCUGUAUCAUGUGCAUGCGCGCCAUCAUGAACAAUAAGUACGGUUUCAACAUGGUGAUUCAGCACAGGGAAGCUAUCAACAGCAUAGCUCUUUCCCUUGUCCACCAUUCCUUAAGAACAAAGGCGUUAGUGCUGGAAUUGUUGGCGGCAAUCUGCCUGGUGAAGGGAGGCCAUCAGAUCAUACUGUCCGCGUUUGAUAACUUCAAGGAAGUCGUCGGAGAGCCGCGGCGGUUCCACACGUUGAUGGAAUACUUCAUGAAUUAUGAUACGUUCCACAUCGAAUUUAUGGUGGCGUGUAUGCAGUUCGUGAAUGUCAUAGUUCACUCGGUUGAAGAUAUGAACUUCAGGGUGCACCUGCAGUACGAGUUCACGGCGCUCAAGUUAGACGACUACCUGGAGAGGCUGAGGCUCUGUGAAAGCGAGGACUUGCAAGUACAAAUCUCGGCCUACCUCGACAACGUGUUCGACGUGGCGGCGCUCAUGGAGGACAGCGAGACGAAGACGGCGGCGCUGGAGAAGGCCAACGAGCUCGAGGAUGAACUUGGACAUGCUCACGAGCGUCUAACGGCACUGGAGCGCGAAGCCAUCGCGAAGCAAGCGACGCUGGAGGCCGAGCUGGCGCAGGUGCGGCACGAGAGGGACCAGCUCGCUGAGGCCAGGAGGCAGGUUGUGGAAGAGGUUUCGACACUGAGGCGAGCGCAGCAAGAUUCACGGAACAGACAGUCGAUGCUCGAAUCUAAAGUUCAGGAGUUGGAAUCUCUCACUAAAUCAUUACCGCGGGGUGCUUCGAUGGGUGCUAUUUCUACACACGCUCUAUGUAACGGUACCGUCAACGGUCACGUGUCGCCACCUGGAACUUUAACCAACGGAGACGCACACCAACCCUUACCUAAACCGCCUACUCCCCCUCCAGCACCUGUAUUACCACCUCCACCGCCAGCACCACUACCCCCGCCUCCUCCCCCUCCGCCGGUCAUAGCCCCACCGCCUCCAGCCCCGCCGGCUCCUCCCGCGCCGGGUCUGAUGCUGCCCCCUCACCACACAGACGCCAUGACGAUUAAGAGGAAAGUGGACACGAAAUACAAGUUACCGACGUUAAACUGGAUCGCGCUAAAACCAAAUCAGGUGCGCGGCACGAUCUUCAACGAGCUGGACGAGGAGCGGCCGCGGCGGCGCAUCAACUUCGCGGAGUUCGAGGAGAAGUUCCGCAUCGGCGGCGCGGGCGGCGGCGGCGCCGCGCUCGUCAGCGACGACGCGCUCGCGUCCUUCCCCAGCAAGCGCUUCCGCCGCCCCGACACCGUGUCGCUGCUGGAGCACGCGCGCCUGCGCAACAUCGCAAUCUCCCGAAGAAAGCUAGAUACACCAGUGGAAAAAGUAAUAGCGGCGAUUCACACGUUGGACCUCAAGCAGCUACCUCUGGAGAGCGUCGAGAUCCUCCAGCGGAUGGUUCCGACGGAAGCUGAGCAGAAGGCGUACAAGGAAUACGUAGCGGAAAAGAAAAACAUCAAUCAAUUGACCGAGGAAGACAAGUUCCUCAUGCAAUUGGCCAAAGUCGAAAGAAUAUCAGCAAAACUAUCCAUAAUGAGUUACAUGGGCAACUUCUACGACAAUAUUCACCUAAUAACGCCGCAAAUACACGCUAUAAUAUCCGGUUCGUCCUCGGUCAAGUCGUCGCAGAAGUUACGGAAUGUUCUAGAAAUAAUAUUGGCUUUCGGUAAUUACCUGAAUAGCAGUAAACGUGGACCAGCGUAUGGAUUCAAACUUCAAUCACUGGAUACUCUUAUGGACACAAAGUCGACGGACAAGAGAGUGUCGCUAUUGCAUUACAUCGUGGCGACGAUACGACAAAAUUUCCCAGAACUGCUGAAUUUCGACACAGAACUCAUGUAUAUCGACAAAGCAGCACAGGUGUCGCUGGAGAACGUGGUGGCCGACGUGUGCGAGCUGGAGCGCGGCAUGGAGGCGGCGCGGCGGGAGGGGGAGGCGCGCGGGGCGGCGCACGUGCUGCGCGACUUCGUGGCCAACGCCGUGGACAAGCUGCGGCGCCUGCGGGCCGAGACCAAGCACGCGCAGGAUUCAUUCGCGGCAUGUGUGGAGUACUUCGGCGAGGCCCCGCGUAGCUGCGACGCGAACGCGUUCUUCUCUCUACUAGUGAGGUUCACUCGAGCGUUCAAGCAAGCCGACAUGGAGAACGAGCAGCGUCGGCGACUGGAGCAAGCCGCGCACGCCGACAGCCUCGACCCCGUCAAGGCCAAGCUCGCGCAGAAGAAACAACAGAGGUUUAACUACGCGGCCGUCAGCGCAGGCCUAUUGCAGCAACACUUGUCUCAGUUGAGGCACAGUCCGGACCUAGCCUAGCCUAACCUAGCUAGGUCUCCUAGCGCGACUAGGAGAAGCUGUAAUCAACGAAUUAAAAACGAAGUCACAGGCCGUCGGCGAAAAGAAACUUCUUCACCAGGACGAAGUCUACAACGGAGCCCUAGAGGACAUCUUGCAUGGGUUACGAAGCGAGCCCUACAGGCGUGCGGACGCCGUGCGGCGUUCCCACAGACGCAGGAUUAACUCCCACCGGCUCUCCAAAGGGCUCGAGGAACUAGAUGUAUGAUACGAGCUGGAAUCCAGCGAGCCGCUGGAUUUCUCAGUACAGAACGCAGUCAUGUCCAUAAACGCGAAGUGUGGCUUCUUUACCACGAAAAAGCGCAGGAAGGACUUGGAAAUGGUCCACAAGAAACCAAUAGCCAUCUACAACAUAGAGGAUAAUAUAGAUUUCCCAACGAACGGGGAGUUUUGCGGUAACUCUGGCAACACUGGACGAAAACCUAAAGCGUCCACUUACAAAGUCGCGCCAACUGAUUACGAGGUGGAGGAACGCUGCGAACUCAUCAAAUCUACUUACGAAGUUAUAUCGAAAUACACACGAGCCAUGUUCGACAAACAAAAUGAAACCGUCGUAUAAAUGUGCCUCAAAUUCAAAGAUUUUUUUUUGGCUGAAUGAUAAAUUAUUCACUUUCGCAUAAAUGAUAUAUAUUAUACACAAAUGCAUCACCAACUGCAACUUCGCGCAACUUCAAAGAACACCGAGAAAAAGUAGUUAUAGCUACGUCUCGCGUUCUUGUUUGUUGUAAAAAUGAGUGAUGUGUUUGAUAGUGAAUGCUGUGCUGAUAUUCCCCGUAUUGCCGUUUUGAGCGUUGAGUGCUAUUUUAAUAAGUGCAAUAUUGACAAAAGACAAACAUUUGAUACACCCACAAUUCAUUCCACCAAUUUCCACAACGAUAUUUUGCUAAAAACUGUUUUAUAGCUUUUCUUAUUCAUUUACAACAAAAGCUUAGCUUGUACGAAUUUACAAUUAACGAACGUGGCACAAAUACAGCCGUCUAGCUUUUGCACGGAGCAUUGAAUGGAAUACGAUGUUUCGACAUUUAGUUUACGUAGAGGAAAUAGUACCGCUAGUUUGUAAAAAUGGCCUUUUAAUAUAUACGCACAAUUUUUAUCCAAUUUUUGUAUAAUCCAUUGUAAUUUUUACACGUUUAUAAUCGUAUUACCAUAGGCUAUGUCUAACAAUAUUUACAAUAAGGAAUAUUUUUUAACAAACCUAUAAAAUAGUAUUUAUUUCUUACCGAUAAAGUGCAAAUUCGUGUGACUCACUGCAUUUAAGUUAUUAGCAUUUUGUGUUUACCGUUGUAUUAAAUAUUCCUUUUCAUGGCAACAUUGGAACCUGUUGAAAAAGUUAAAUUGGUUUAAUUCAUUGUGAUAUAAUAAAAUCAGUAUAUUCAUGCCAUUUUUUAGAUUUUCCAUUAGUCCAUAAUCUUUGUUUGGUUAUAAGGUUUAAACAAAUAUUUAUUUGUAUUUUUUUCGGUCAAUUUCUUAAUCAUGCGGUUCCACUAAAAUCGUUGGCGAUUUCUGUAUUUGUAGCUGUUUUGCACCAAUAACCAAUGUGUUCUGUGCUGCCAACACAAAAAUUGCCAAUCAUUUUUUAGAGGAGACGCAGCUUAACAUGACAAAUUCCAUAGAUUUAAGGCUUUUCAAAAGAUCUGUUUCAUUUAAGUUUAUUGUAAUUAUUAAUUUAUAGAUUUGGUUGAGUAAAUUAGUUUAGUAUCCAUAAUUUGUUUGUUUGUAAAUAUUUUGCCGCGUGUUGCAUCAGUUUAGUUGAAGUAUUCAUUGUAAAUAUUGUAUUAUUUUCCGUAUUACUCAAGUUACUUGGGAUUUAAACAAGAUAUGAUUUGUAUUGAAUUUUGCAUUAACCGAUUCGCACAGUGUAUAUGUUACGAAUAUUAAUAUAUAAAAAUAUAUUAAAGUUUUACGCACCUUUACAUGAAAAGACUCCACAUUGUUUUUUUAUAAAUAUUUAAGACAAAUUGUAUACAAUGGUGCUUUUUGCACGGUCAUAAUUACAUAAAUUACAGUGUUUGGUUGUUACAAAUAAAAUUUUUGUUCAAGUCAGUAUGACAGUUAUUUAAAUUUAAAUUACAGGGUUUAUUUGAAACAAUAAUAUGUAUUCGAAUCGGCGAGAAAAUAUAAAAUGAUAAUUGUAAUUGAUAAAGUUAUUUGCAAAUUGCAUAUUUCUACAUAAUCUCUAAUAAUAUUAUUUUUAAUGAUUAUAAUUCUUAAAAAGAAUUUUAACAAGUUUAUUGUUUUAAGUAAUUUUUUAUUUUAGAUGUGAGUAAAAAAUAUUAAAAAAAAUGAUUCCUGAUAACUGAAGUUUCUUAGAAACAAAAGCUUUAUCCAGUAAAUUCAGUAAAUAUUUUGUUGUUAUGGGUAUUCAAUAUAUAAAAAACACAGACAAAAAAAAUUGCCAUGAUUUUGAUGUUGCCAGUUGUAAUUUUUAAUGCUGGGUCAUUGAUGCAAAAUUCAAAGGUUUUUGUCAAACUUAUUUUAUUCACAUCUUUAAUAAAAUAUUGACUUUAAGAUUCAAUUUUAGUAGAAGUCUAUAGUAAUGUUUCAGCUGUAUAGUUAUUUUGUAUGUGAUGUGUACAUGGGUUUAUUUUGUUCAUUGCAUGUAUGCUAGCUUUAGAAACAGUAUUCAGUGAUGCAAUAAACCUACAUUUACAGUAAAACAA